AUGGAGCGGUGUGACCUUUCGCUCGCACGGCCGUGGUCGGCGGAUGGGCCUUCCCUAAGGGACCGCGUCCGCUUGCGAGACGAAGAGGACCCCGAGCGCGAGCCCCGCGAGCCCCGCGAGCCCCGCGAGGCUGAGCGAGCCCUUCGCGAGGUCCGGGCACCGAUGGACCCGAGGGACCUGAAGGCACCGCGAGACCCCGACCUCCGACUCUCGUCCCCGCGGUCCCCGCGGUCCCCGCGGUCCCCGCGGUCCCCGCGGUCCCCGCGGUCCCCACUGCCAAGCCCCAGGUCCAGUUGCACAGCAAAUCCGGAGCUGUCAGUCAGCGAAGCCAAUCUCGACAUCGACUGUCGAGACUCACGCGAUUCUCCAGACCUUGCCACUGGUGAAGUUAGCGACCCCAGACGGCCUGAGCCGGACGAUUGGUGGCCGGCCCAGGAAGAGGGCCUCUCUGCACACCAAGCGUGGGAACGAUCCCAGGAUAGAGCUGGACGCUGGGGUGUUCAAUGGUUCCAUCAAGAGGUGGAAGACAUUGAUCCGUGCUCGCCUCGCACCCGUCCGGGAACCCGCCAGGGACGACGGGGCAAGGAGGACGCGACGGGAUGGAGCAGCGAAAGUGACGCCGAGGCUCUAGGCUGGGCAGAUCUCGUGAGCCGCCAGACCUGGGACGGUUCGGACAGCGAGGAGGAGCAGCUCUUCGCGAUGGUCGGCCUUGCGCAGGACCUUGACGACCCUGAGCCCGAGCUGGAGGUUCAGGGCUUUGCUCCCAGAGAGCUGUGGGUGGUCUUUGAGUGCGAGGAAGAGAGGCGAGAGCCCAGUGAAGAGGCUUCGAACUCGACAGUUGAUGUGUUUGAUGCGUUGGAGGUGAAAGAGGACGCUUGCCUGAACGGGCUGGUUGAUGAAGUGGAGAUGCGGGAAGUCAAGCUUGGUGAGAAUGAGGAAUUUUGGGCAAGCGGAAAAGCCAACGACGCGCCCAAGUGCGAGAUGCUCUUGCAAGCCUCGGAGAGUGAUGACACCGCAGAAACAGAAUGCAUGAGCUCUUUGGCUCCGACAGAGUGUGAGAAGGGUCUGCCAGACGACGACGAUGACGAGCACAACUCUGAAAUGGAGGAUGUGGUUGGACCGGAGGAUGCUCAAGGUGUCGUGCCAGGCAUACAAGCAGAAGUAGAAAAAGAGGAGGAAUACUCGAAGCCACACUGCCCUCCAGGAACGGCUGCUUCGUUGCUCCAGGCCGUGUACCGGGGACGUUUGGCGCGUUUGGAGCUAUCCCGUGCCUGUGCAGCUGGGACGCCCGCGAAUUGGAGAUCACUCCGUCAGACGGCCAUGGUUCGUUCUUCCCAGGAGGUGGCGGCCUGUCUUCUGCAGGCUGCCUGGCGUGGCUUCCAGCGAAGAGCUCAGGGCGCCGAAGGUCGCGCGAGUGGAACAGGCCGCAGGCCCCGGCCGCCAGCCGGGAAGGCUGCUCCGGGUCCAAGAAGACGCUUAGACGCUCAGGCGCUAUCGGAGACUGCUGGUGAGGAGACACCGGCCGAGCGCCAGGAGCGACCUCGGCCACACUCCUCGAAGAGUGCAAGCCUGUCGGCGUCGGAUCGUCCUCCAUCAGCUCCUCGUGGCUCUGGCACCAGGCGGCGGCCCUCUGUGGUGGAGCUGCUCAGCCAGAUGGAUGCGCCGCGUAGCGGUGGACUUCCAAGGCUCGGUCUUUCCAACCGUGCGGAGCGGCACCGUUCCGUGCCCUGUGCGCGGGCCGAGAGCCCUCGCGCCACGAGACGACGUGGGCUCACGACGCUAGCCAGUUAGUACCAAAAAUCACGCGGCAGUCUGGGGCAGUCCACGCAGGUCCUGGGGAUGAAGCCACCCUCGUUUGAAGUGAGGGUGCCAGCUCACGGAGCGAAGAGCGCUCGGAACGGCUAGGAGCCAUGUAUUGUAGCAUACGGCAGCGGGUCUUGCUGACGUGUUUUGGGCACUAUGCCGUUAGAAAUGCA